AUGGGGGACUCCCCGGCGGAAGAGGCGUCGCUGCACCGGCUGGAGGGCCUAGAGCCGGAGACGCAGGUCGGCGGCCUCCUGAUCAAGAAGAAAAGCGCCGCCGAGGAGCAGCACGUCUUCAAGAUCCCGGCGCCCCGCACCUCCCUGCUGGGUCUGGACCUCCUGGCCGCCCAGAAGCGCCGCGAGCGGGAGGAGAAGGACAACGGGGCAGAGGACCGAAAGAGGUCCCGGGUCUCCUCCUAUAAGGACUGGGCUGAGGGCAAGGACGAGGGCGCUGCUGGCGAGGAAGAGGACGGCGACCCAGCUGGGCGCAGCAGCCGCAAGGACAGGUGAGGGGAGGGCUUGGGAAGCUGCUCUUUCUGCAACGGUAGCUACUUCUUAGGGAAGAAAGCAAGAGCUGAAUUUGUUGGGGUGAAAACUUCCCCAGUGGGUGAUUACCCCACAGCUCAGCCCUCCUCUUCUUCCACUUUCCAGGCAUUAUCGCUCAGCUCGUGUGGAGACACCAUCUCACACUGGAGGAGUCAGUGAGGAGUUUUGGGAGCGCAGCCGGCAGCGGGAAAGGGAACGUCGUGAGCAUGGGGUUUAUGCCUCCUCCAAGGAGGAAAAAGAGCGCAAGAGGGACCACGGCCGGGAGCGGGAAUAUGAUCGCAAACGGGACCGAGGUAAUUCCUGCUCAUUAGUAGCUCCGCCCCCCAGGACUGCCGCUGGUCUUUUCACUGGGUGGGCCAUGGUUGAUCAUAGGUUGCCUCCACAGAUGAGCGGGACCGAAGUCGACGCAGCAGCAGCAGCCGCUCAGAGAAAGAGGCCUCCUCAGAGAGGAGCAGCAGUAGUCGGAAGAACGAACCAGAGAGUCCUCGCCACCGACCCAAAGGUGCCCUCUCUCUGUCUGCCCACUCCACCUGGAUGAUGGGGAGCGUCUGUAGACUGUUGCUUUCUUCUUCCUCUGUGUAGGGGGUUGGGUGAGCAACUGCUGGGCUAUGCAUGGCUGUGGCACAUCUUCAUGGCAGUUGUGCUGGGACCCUGGGAGCAAAGGGUGCUGGGGUGGCAGAAGGGGGAGCAGUCCAAACCAACUGGUGGUUUCCUUCUUGUGCCUAGAUGCAGCUACACCUUCCCGCUCCAGCUGGGAGGAAGAGGACAGUGGCUACAACAGUUCACGCCGCUCCCAGUGGGAGUCUCCCUCCCCCACGCCCUCCUACCGGGACUCAGAGAGAAGUCACCGGGGAUCUGCCUCCCGGGAUAGCGAACGGCGUGAUCGUGACCGGUAUGGAGGUGCAAAUCAGACUUGGGGGUGUGGGGAUGAGGCUGAUUGAAGAAGCCUGGCUGGAGCAAGCAGUCCUUGCCCUCUGGGCUAUUGCCUUGACUGUGUUUCUCUCGGCUGCUCUCACAGGUCUGUCAGGAGCAAGUACCCAGAGGACACCCCAUUGCCAACGCCUUCAUACAAAUACAAUGACUGGGCUGACCAUCAAAGACACUCUGGUGCAACACCUUGGCUCUCCAGAGGCAGAGGUUAGGGACUGGGAAAGUGGGGGAGGAGGACUCAGCAGUCCGGGGCCAGAAUCAGGGCUUCAUGAUACGUUCCAUUCUUAGGAAGGCGUGAAGAUGGUGAGGAUGGCAUUGCAUUUGAAACUGAGGAGGAGCGACAGCAGUGGGAAGAUGACCAGCGGGUGAGUGUGCAGCACUCUUUAACAAAUGAUCCCAAACAAAUGAUCCUCACUAGGGUUAUUUAUCUUCAUCUCAUACCUUGGAAAGUGAGGGUGCCCAGAGUUGUUUGGCUCUCUCUUUGGGGAGAGCUGGAAGUGAAGGAGAUGGGCUUGGUGGUUGUCACAUGUGGGUGUUCUUGGGCUCAGGCCCUGUGUGGGUAAUGGCUGUGUUUGGUGGCCAUUGAAGGCUGCCUUUUCCAAAGUGCCAGCUCAGCUCCAGUGAGGUGUGUCAUAAUGAACAAGAUUGGUGAGAGUGUGUCUCUGGCUUGCAUUGCUGAAACUUUCUACUUGUCCCCCCCACCCCAGCAAGCUGACAGGGACUGGUACAUGAUGGAUGAGGGCUACGACGAGUUCCACAAUCCCCUGGCUUCUUCAUCAGAGGAAUACGUGAGGAAGCGGGAACAGCACCUGCAGAAGCAAAAGCAGAAGCGCAUCUCAGCUCAGCGUAGGCAGAUAAAUGAGGUAGGGGAGUGCUGGAGAGGGUGGCGCCCAGUGGUGGCAAACACAUGACCAUUGUCACUGUAAGGGCUCCCUUAAAACUAAGAGGCUGCUGAGUGCCUGGCCUUGUUUUCUGCUUGGUAGGAUAAUGAGCGCUGGGAGACCAACCGCAUGCUGACAAGCGGCGUGGUGCACCGACUGGAGGUGGACGAGGACUUUGAGGAGGAUAACGCUGCGAAGGUUCAUCUUCUGGUUCACAACCUGGUGCCUCCCUUCCUGGAUGGGCGCAUUGUCUUCACGAAGCAGGUAGGCCAGACUCUAAACAAAUGGUGGCAGCAAAUGGGGAGGGGGGAGUUGAAGUUGGGGCAGGGCUGUUCCUUUGUGGAUCACUUUUCUUGCUUCCUUCUAGCCUGAGCCCGUCAUCCCCGUCAAGGAUGCUACUUCUGACCUGGCGAUCAUCGCCCGCAAAGGCAGCCAGUUGGUGCGCAAGCAUCGCGAACAGAAGGAGCGCAAAAAGGUACAGUCCGAGUUUCUGUUGGGUUUCUCUCUCUCUCUCUCUCUCAUUCUCUCUCUCUCCCCCCCGCCCCCUUCUUGUGGGCUUAAUCUCCAUUGAGUAAGGAAACUUGCCUGCUGGGGGCAAACUGUCUUUCCAAGCAGAAAUGUAGCUUCAGCUGCUUGAGACUUUAUUUUAUGAUUGAAAACGUUUCUAUUCUACCCUUCCUCACAAAACAACAAUAGUCAAGUCCAGAAUUGUGCUGGUUUUGCAGGUGUCAGUAAGUUGCAGUUUAGUGGCAAGUUGCAAUUUAGUGUUGAGAGGAGGCAGCAGAGAGGCUGCGUUUAACGGACAGGUGUGGCUACCAUUCAGAGCAGGGAUGAGUGAACUAUAGGACAACCCACACUGCUUGUAGCAUGCCAAAGUCUGAAUAGUUUUCAUGGAUCUCUCUCUCUCUCUCUCUCUCUCUCUCUCUCUCUCUCUCUCUCUCUCUCUCUGUGUGUGUGUGUGUGUGUGUGGUUACUGUCAUUUCAGGCCCAGCACAAGCAUUGGGAGUUGGCAGGCACCAAACUGGGGAACAUCAUGGGCAUCAAGAAGGAGGAAGAGGAAGAGGGUCCCAACCAAAAAUUGGCAGAGGAUGGCACUGUGGAUUACAGGUAGGGGCCUUGCCUGCUGCAGGAUGACAGCAGCAAGUAGGGCUUCUAAGGGAGGAUGGGCCUUGUGAGGUGAUGACCACAAAACCACUCUCCUUUCAGGACAGAACAGAAAUUUGCUGAUCACAUGAAGGAGAAGAGUGAAGCGAGCAGUGAGUUUGCCAAGAAGAAGUCAAUUGUGGAGCAGAGGCAGUAUCUGCCCAUCUUUGCUGUGCAGCAGGAACUGCUGACAGUCAUUAGGUGAGACCUUUCCCCAGCCCCUUGCCCUCGGCCUCAGCAGCGACUUCUCUCUGCUUUAUUGGGUGGGCAGAGACCUCAGGGUCCAGGCGAGGGGCCUAACUUUGGGGAGCUGGUGACAGAACCUGUCUCUUCUUCUUCUUGCAGGGACAACAGCAUUGUGAUUGUGGUGGGGGAGACAGGCAGCGGGAAAACCACACAAUUGACACAGUAUCUGCACGAGGACAGCUAUACGGACUAUGGCUUGAUUGGCUGCACGCAGCCCCGCCGGGUGGCAGCGAUGUCAGUGGCCAAGCGUGUCAGUGAGGAGAUGAGCGUGAGCCUUGGUGAGGAGGUGAGCACAGAAGGGCAGAGGGGGGAGGGGGCCAGUAGGAAGCACCUGUAUUGGCAGUGCUGGGGGGUGAGGGUGGGCAGGUUCUGGUUUGGCUCAGCUGCAGGUAAGAUGGUCCCUCAUCACUGUACCUGUGGCGUGAUGUGCUCUGCUUGUUGUCUUUUGGUAAGUUCUUCUCACAUAUUUCUCUCCCUGCCCCCGAUAUCUCUCAGGUGGGUUAUGCCAUCCGCUUUGAGGAUUGCACUUCAGAGAACACUGUGAUCAAGUACAUGACGGAUGGGAUCCUGCUGCGUGAGUCUUUGCGCGAAGCCGACCUUGACCAUUAUAGUGCUAUUAUUAUGGAUGAAGCGCAUGAACGCUCUCUCAACACAGAUGUGCUCUUCGGCCUCCUGCGUGAGGUCAGUACUUGCUUGGUGGGACUGUGGGUGGAUUCACUUAGACUUCAGUUGCUUAUACAGUGCAGUGUCCCAGAAAGGGAGCCCUUGUUUGAGUCUUGUGCAGGAAAAAAGCCAAGAGAGUCUUGGGGCACCUUUAGCACCUUUAUUAAGGCACAAUAAGCUGUCAUGGACUCAUUUCACAUCAGAUGAAUGAAGUGUUAUCCUUGUGAGAUGACCUUACCUCACUUGACUGCUUUGAUGUAUGGAAUGGGCACUGUUACAGCUGCCACACAAUACUCAUUCCACACGUCUAAAGAAUCAAAUAUUUUAGUGUGGCAGCACCUACAAUUUGGAACUCUGUGCCUAUUGGCAUCCAGCAGGCACCUUUGCUGUACUCUUUUUGGGACCUGCUUAAAACAUUUUUGUUUAGGCAAGCUUAUCCAGACAUGUAUAUUUUGUCAUGUGUUACUCUCUUUUUGCUUUGCUGCUGAUGUUAGUUGCCAUUUAAAUGUUUUAACUGCUUGUUCUUAAUUAUUUUUAUUUCUUGUAAGCCUCUUGGAGGUUCUGUUGCAACCAAGCACUAUACAGUGGUACCUCGGAAGUUGAACGGAAUCCGUUCCGGAACUCCGUUCGACUUCCAGAAUGUUUGGAAACCAAGGCGCAGCUUCCAAUUGGUUGCAGCCAAUUGGAAGCCACGGAAGUCACGUCGGACGUUCGGGUUCCAAAGAACGUUUGCAAACUGGAACACUCACUUCCAGGUUUGCAGCUUUUGGGAGCCAAAAUGUUCGAAUUGCAAGGCGUUCGGGAUCCAGGGUUCGACUGUAUAAGUUUUGUUAAAUAAAAAUAAUAAUUUAAAAAUUCUGAUCUACAGUUAUAGUAGAAACACAUGGUUUGCAAGGGAGGGGUGUUGUAAGCAGUGUGAAAAUGAAGUGAAAUACAGAAGAGUAAAGGCAGUUGCAAGUAACUAAUUAAUUCACAUUUAUAAUCCAAUUAAUACAUAAAAUGGGUUAAAAAUGCUUUGUCUUGGUUCAGCCCAGGAGUUAUAGUACUGGAUCUUUUUGUCAUUUGUGUUGAGACUGGCCUGUUUGUCCUAUGUAGAAUUCAGAAGGGUCUCUCUGGCAGGUGAUGAACAUGGAUCACAUUUUUUAAAAUUGUUUUUUUAAAAAAGAAAAUUGAAAGAUUUUCAUGGAUAACAGAGGUACAUAUAGCACCUCUGUUUUCAGUUCAUAGAGGUUUUUUUUACAGUUCAGUUACAUUUUGUGAAAGAUACUGCUAUCGUACGCAUUGUGAGUUUGGGGUGAGGUGGGGAAGAGGUGAGGGAGAGAAGGGGGUAGUGUUAUUUCCUUCUUUUGCAAAGUGUACAUGUCGAGUUUUGUGUCGGCAUCACAUGGGUAGGUUCUUUAUCUAUUCAUUUAUUUAUUUUCAUUGAUGGUGCAGGAGAUUGAGGAGCCCAGAGCAUGGUUGGUUGCUUUAGGUUGGUUGCAGUGAAUUUUGUUCAUGUGUGAGGGGCUGGGCGUUGUUGGGUCAAAUUAGCCAUAUCACUUUCUGGGCUGUCAGGGGGUGGGGUUGUUGUCUUAUUGGCCUGUGUAUGUAAUAAAGGGGAGCCACACCAGGAUGAAGGCAUCCAAUUUUGUAUGUCCCUGUGCUAAUUUCAGUUUGUUGAUUAGCUUUUCUAGUACAGCUGUUUCCCAUACAGUUUGGUAUCAGUGGUUCAUGUUCACUCCUGACAUGUCCCUCCAGUGUUUAGUUUUGAUGCUCCUAGCUGCUGACAGUAGGUGGCUUAUGAGACAUAGAUCACAUCUGAAGUGAGCAGGUGAAUGAAUGCCUGAUGUGGGUGAUGUUUUCAGGCCUUGCCCUAGUAGUGUCAGAGUAGACGUGGGGACAGAGUUGGCACUCUGAAUAAAGGGACACAAAUUUUACGUCAUAAAAGCAAUGUUCAAGAGUUGGUGGGAAAUUGUUUUAGCCUCCCAAGACACAAUUUAUACAUGACCUGAGAGUGACCAUUGUGGAGCAGAGAGAGGGAGCCUGUGAUGUAAAGCUGCUGAAUUGCAAUGCAGUAAGAGGUUUGCUGCUCUCACUUGCUGAUGGAACUGAGACAAAGCCUGUCGUUUGUGCCCAUUGCCCCUAUGUCACUCAGGCAACUUCUUGCCUUUCGUAACAAGGAAGCAGAGUUUUGAAACAGAGCACCAUGCAGCCAAGUACAAGAAGGAAUAUUUCUCUUUGUUUCUCUCCAUCUGAGAGGGGGAUGAAAUGGGCUACUUCUGCAUCCAAUGUUUGGAAAGAUAUGCCGUGUGGUGCUUCUCCCUUGCUCUGAGGGUAGGUGAGUCUUUUCAUCUUUCCUUUUGUGACACCUGCCCUCUUUUCCUCCUACAGGUUGUGGCCCGGCGCUCAGACCUGAAGCUGAUUGUUACUUCAGCCACCAUGGAUGCAGAGAAGUUUGCUGCUUUCUUUGGGAAUGUGCCCAUUUUCCACAUUCCAGGUCGCACCUUUCCUGUGGAUGUCCUCUUUAGUAAGGUAUGUAGAGAUCAGGGGAGCAGGGAUUUGUCUGCUUUUUACUUUCUGGGAGGGUUGUGGACCAUGGCCGGGAGGGUGUGUUAAGUCUCUUACCUCUCUCUUUCAGACCCCACAAGAAGAUUAUGUGGAAGCAGCCGUGAAACAGGCCUUGCAAGUCCACCUCUCAAGUGCCCCAGGGGAUAUUCUAAUCUUCAUGCCAGGCCAGGAGGACAUUGAGGUGCAUACUGUUGAGUGAAAGAACCCCUGAGUUGCCAGUCCUGCCCUCUCUCCUGCAUGCAAUUCACUCUCACCUUCCUUAUCACAGGUCACAUCGGAACAGAUUGUGGAGCACCUGGAGGAACUGGAGAAUGCACCUGCCCUGGCUGUCUUGCCUAUCUACUCCCAGCUGCCAUCUGAUCUGCAGGCCAAGAUUUUCCAGAAGGUAUUGAACUGGGGUGUGUGUGGGUGUGUGUGUGGGUGUGUCAGAGAGAGAGAGAGAGAGAGAGAGAGAGAGAGAGAGAGAGAGAUUUCCCUUCUGUGCUUGAAGAGCAGGGGCUGGUGUGUGUUUCUGUGGGGAGUAGAAUUGCACCUGCCCCUAAGCUUGUUGCUUGAUCUUUUGUUUUCUGCAUUACAUGAGUUAGAAGGCUUGGUUGGGAACUGCUGCUGUUCUUUGUGCGGGGUCUUCUUGCCAUGUGUGUUCUAACGCAUAACAGAGGAAGGCUAUCUUAUUUUGGAUGUGUGCUGUUGUAUCCCAUCAAGGAAGUUUCAGGACUUUGUUCUGCUAUGUUAGGUGUGAGCCCUGAAAGUUUCUAUCGGGUCAGCCCAAGCACAAGGAGAGAGGUAGUGGAGUUGCAAUGCAGUUGCCAGUUUUCCCAAAGCAACAUCGGUGUCUUGAGGCAACUGGUUCCAAAACAUAAUGGAAAGUAGAGUGCUAUCAGUUAACAGCCAGGAGCAGUUAGAACUGGAAUUAGGCCCGGAACCUGGGCAGCUGCAGACUGGAGUCAUGGAAGAGCAGGUCAAAGGCUGUAGAACAGAGUAUUGAACAUGCACCAAGGGAGUGAAAAGAACAGGUGAACUACCUGAAUGAAACCAGACUUGGAAGAGUCUUGCAGACAGUGGGGCAUCAGCACCCAGUAUUAUGCACCAGUGGAUAAGACCAGGCAGGAGACUUUGACCCUUGGCUGGUGCUGACCUGAGAGGCUUGCUAAAGUGGAGAGCUAGAGAGUUCAAAGCGUUUAGCUCAAAGAGCUUCCCUUGGCCUGGGAGGAGAUGGAAGUUACCUUUUGCAAUUGACACCUGUGUUUCUGGCAGGCACCAGAUGGCGUUCGGAAGUGCAUUGUGGCCACCAACAUUGCAGAGACCUCGCUGACGGUGGACGGGAUCAUGUUUGUGAUUGACUCUGGCUACUGCAAGCUGAAGGUGAAGCGGGUUGGGUUGUGCAGAGCCCUGGAGCCUGCAGGUUUAGGCUGAAACCGUGGCUCAUCUUCCCUCUUUUGCCCCAGGUCUUCAACCCACGAAUUGGCAUGGAUGCAUUGCAGAUCUACCCAAUCAGCCAGGCCAACGCAAACCAGCGCUCGGGCCGAGCUGGAAGGACGGGCCCAGGCCAGUGUUUCAGGUAGGAACUGUGUGUUUGAGCAAUCCCUCCUGCCAACGUUGGGUGGGAGCUUCAGGGGUGUGUCUUUGACUACGGAAGUUAACUUUGCUGGGGUGGCAGGUCUCCCAGGGCUGUCCCCAUCUGAGCAGCUGUUUUCUCUCCUGAACAGGCUGUACACCCAGAGUGCAUACAAGAAUGAACUACUGACAACCACAGUCCCAGAGAUUCAGCGCACCAACUUGGCCAAUGUAGUGUUGCUCCUCAAGUCCUUGGGUGUGCAGGACCUGCUGCAGUUCCACUUCAUGGACCCCCCUCCUGAAGACAAUAUGCUAAACUCCAUGUACCAGUUGUGGAUCCUUGGGGCACUAGACAACACAGGUAGAGGGUGCAACCUGGUGAGGUGAUGUGGUGUGGCAUAGCUGGGAGGCCUGUCUCUUUUUUUAAAAAAAAUAAUUUUUAUUGAUUUUAACAUAUAAAUUAUAAAAUGUACCACAAAACUUAUCACUUAUACAAUCUUUUUAGACUUCCAUCAGCACCUCUGAUGAUCCACCGUUUUAACCACUUAUGCAUUUCUUAACUUUAUAUUGCCUUUACAUCUCUUAACAAAUCAUCCUUCCCCUUCUCCAUUUUUGCAAUACUUCCAAUACUCCUCCUCACAAAACUUACUGCAAACCUACAAACAUCGUCUGAUCUUCACAAAUACUUUUCAAAUAGUGCAUAAAUUUACUCCAGUCUUCCGUGAAUUUCUGGUCCUGCUGGUUUCGAAUCCUUCCUGUUAGUUUAUCUAGUUCUGCAUAGUCCAUUAACUUCAUCCUCCAUUCUUCAAUCGUUGGUAAUUCUUCUUGCUUCCAUUUUUGGGCCAGUAAUAUUCUUGCUGCUGUUAUUGCAUAUAAAAAGAGCUUACAUUCCUUUCUAUUUAUAUCACUCAGCUGGGAGGCCUGUCUCAUUAGUGCUGCCUUCCCUUUAGGUGGGUUGACAUCCACGGGGCGUCUGAUGGUCGAGUUCCCCCUUGAUCCAGCUCUCUCCAAGAUGCUGAUCGUUUCCUGUGACAUGGGCUGCAGCUCAGAGAUCCUGCUGAUUGUCUCUAUGCUCUCUGUUCCAGCCAUUUUCUAUCGGCCCAAGGUGAGCCUGAUCUCAAAGCGGGGAAGGGGCUGGGCAGUUCCUGGGACCUUGGCAACCGCCAGGCUACAUUGCCACCUCCUUCCCUCCUCCUCUCUUCACCUUCCUGUUGCCUUCCCUGCAGGGCCGGGAGGAAGAGAGUGACCAGGUGCGGGAGAAGUUUGCUGUUCCUGAGAGUGAUCACUUGACUUACCUGAACGUUUACCUGCAAUGGAAGAACAACAGCUACUCUACACUUUGGUGCAACGAGCACUUUAUCCAUGCCAAGGCCAUGCGCAAGGUGCCUGCUGGGAGAGGGGGAAAGUGGGUUGGGCAAGGACCUGAAGGGGGCUGUGGGCUCCAGGCUUGACGGCUCUUGCUGCUCUUCCAGGUGCGAGAGGUGCGAGCGCAGCUGAAGGACAUUAUGGUGCAGCAGCGCAUGAGCCUGGCAUCCUGUGGCACGGACUGGGAUAUUGUUCGCAAGUGCAUCUGUGCUGCCUACUUUCACCAGGCUGCCAAACUGAAGGUGAGCAAGAACUUGCACCAGGGUGUGUUUUGGGUUGGGUUUUGUAAGAGAGUGGGUAGGUAGACAAGUGAGUGGGUAUAAGGAACAUCAUGCUCCCUGUUGCAAAUGAUGGCGCUACUCAGAGGAGUUUUUUAAUCUGUGCUUCAAAGCCAACCCCCCCCCCCCCAUUUAUCUUCCCUCUUGGUUCUACCUGAGUUCAGCUUCAGUACCUCUUCCUGUAAUCAGUCACUCCUGCUAUGGAUUUGAUGUAGGGACUCCUAAGAGCCAAUCUUCUGCUCCAGCCCACAAGGCAUCCAUGGCCAUGCUAUCCCUUUCCUUAUUCCUGUUUAGUUAUCUCACUACUUAUUGCCCCUUCUAACUCAGCAGUGGUUUUUCCCUUUUCUAGCUGGGUUUCUGUCCGUUGAAAGGCUGCUGCUUGAUUGUCUAGAGCAGCGGUGGGAGGAAACCACCAGUCUGAUUCAGACCAGCAAAGAAGUCUAGCCUUUCACACUUUUCCAUUAGGAGGUUUGGAAGCCUCCUUUUACUAUUGUGCCCCUAACCCUUUUAAAGCCCUUUCCCCUUUCCUUCUGCUUCAUUCCCCCCACCCCGACCUGGUUCUGUCAUUUAUAAGAUGCUGGGGGGGGGCAGCAUCUUCAUGGUAGAGUGCCUGCUUUUGAUGGAGAUGCUCCUUGGCUCACUCCCCAGCAAACACGAAUCAGGUAGCAGGUGGUGUGAAAUAUCUUUUAGGGAGGAUAAAGGUAUAUGUUAUGAAGGCUAACACUCCCACCAGCAUCGGAGGUGGUUUGCCACAGACUCAUUGUUGCUGGAACUGUGAGUGGGUUGGUGUUGUGCUUGGGUCCUAUUUCCAAUCUAGUCAGCCCCUAUGAGAACAGGAUGCUGGACUACCUAAGCACCCUUAGGCUGAUUCGGCUGCCUCAAUUGUGCCAGGACAGAGCCUGUGGGUGGUUGUGCUGGGACUGUGCUGACCAUGCUCCUUCUUUGCUUCAGGGGAUUGGCGAGUAUGUCAAUGUCCGCACUGGAAUGCCCUGCCACCUGCACCCAACCAGCUCGCUCUUUGGCAUGGGCUACACACCUGAUUACAUUGUCUACCAUGAGCUUGUAAUGACCACUAAGGUGAGUUUGUGUGUGUGUGAGGGGCUGCCUGUAAUGGCGCUAGCUCUGCUGUGGUCUUUCUUUCCUAGUCAUUGGAGGGGGGGUGUCUCUCAGCUUCCCCAUGGGCUGACCAACCCUCCUGUCUGUCCCCCUACAGGAGUACAUGCAGUGUGUCACUGCAGUGGAUGGUGAAUGGCUGGCUGAAUUGGGACCCAUGUUCUACAGCAUCAAACAUGCUGGCAAGUCUCGCCAGGUAAGGGAUUUGAGCUGGAGCUGCUGGUGGCUGCAGAACCAGUCCUCCUGUUUUGUAGCUGCUCUCAAGGUCGGUGUUUUUUUCUGCUGCUGUAAUGCUGAGGAGCAGACUGAGCUUGGCUCCCUCCUUCCUUAAGUAGUGGAUGGGGUGAAGAGCUUUCAAGGGGGCUGUUCCUCUGUGUGUCCAUAGCUAAACUUGUCCUGUAUAGCAGGGAGGGGCAAAAGGCAUAUUGUGGCUUCCCUAAGGCUGCCUGGCCAGUUUCCGCCAAGGAGCACUGAGCUUAAGUCUAAUCCAAGAAAGCAUGUCAUGGGCUCUCCUAACUCAGGCUAGCGUAGCUGUUCCUUAAGUGUUGGGGUAUCCUGAGUGUGCACUCUUGCUUUGUCAAUUUGAAACAUAUUCCAGUAAAAAAGAGUGCUACGUCGGAAGGGUGAGGUCAGCUCCUGCCUGCUUCAGUUGCAUUCAGUCUGCUUGCUCUGCCCCAGGAGAGCCGCCGAAGGGCCAAAGAGGAAGCUUCAGCCAUGGAGGAGGAGAUGGCUCUGGCCGAAGAGCAGCUGCGUGCCCGCCGAGAGGAGCAAGAGCGCCGCAACCCAGUGGGCAGCGUCAGGUAUGCUUCUUUCAGUAGGGGUGGGUAAAGAGGAGGGUGUGUGGUUGGGCCCAGCAGUGUGAUUCUGACAUCUUCUUCCUCCCCUCCCUGUAGGUCCACCAAGAUCUACACGCCGGGACGCAAGGAGCAAGGCCAGCCUGCCACCCCACGCCACACACCAGCUCGCUUUGGUCUGUAA